AUGCCUAGUCCUCUGUCUCCUCCUCCGCUCCUCCUCCUCUCCUCCUCCACUCCUCCUCCUCUUCUCCUCCUCCCCUCCUCCUCCCCUCCUCUCCUCCUCCGCUCCUCCUCCUCUCCUCCGCUCCUCCUCCUCUCCUCCUCCUCCCCUCCUCCUCCCCUCCUCUCCUCCUCCGCUCCUCCUCCUCUCCUCCUCUCCUCCUCCACUCCUCCUCUCCUCCUCCUCUCCUCCUCCUCUCCUCCUCCUCUCCUCCUCCUCUCCUCCUCUCCACCUCCGCUCCUCCUCCUCUCCUCCUCUUCUCCUCCUCCUCCUCCGCUCUUCCUCCUCUCCUCAUCCUCUCCUCCUCCUCUCCUCCUCAUCUCCUCCUCAUAUCCUGCUCCUCUCCUCCUCCUCUCCUCCCCUCCUCCUCCUCUCCUCCUCCUCUCCUCCUCUCCUCCUCCUCUCCUCCUCCUCUCCUCCUCCUCCUCUGCUCCUCCUCUCCUCCUCUCCUCCUCUCCUCCUCCUCUCCUCCUCCGCUCCUCCUCCUCUCCUCCUCCUCUGCUGCUCCUCUGCCCCUCCUCUCCUCCUCCUCUUCACCUCCUCUGCUGCUGCUCUGCUCCUCCUCUCCUCCUCCUCCUCUGCUCCUCUCCUCCUCCUCCUCUGCUCCUCUCCUCCUCCUCUCCUCCUCCUCUCCUCCUCUCCUCCUCCUCUCCUCCUCCUAUCCUCCUCUCCUCCUCCUCCUCUCCUCCUCCGCUCCUCCUCUCCUCCUCCGCUCCUCCUCCUCUCCUCCUCCUCCCCUCCUCCUCCCCUCCUCUCCUCCUCCGCUCCUCCUCCUCUCCUCCUCCGCUCCUCCUCCUCUCCUCCUCCUCCCCUCCUCCUCCCCUCCUCUCCUCCUCCGCUCUUCCUCCAAUCAUCCUCCUCUCCUCGUCCCCUCCUCCGCUCCUCCUCCUCUCCUCCUCUCCUCCUCCUCUCCUCCUCUCCUCCUCCUCUCCUCCUCCUCUCCUCCUCUCCACCUCCGCUCCUCCUCCUCUCCUCCUCUUCUCCUCCUCUUCUCCUCCUCCUCCUCCGCUCUUCCUCCUCUCCUCAUCCUCUCCUCCUCCUCUUCUCCUCAUCUCCUCCUCAUAUCCUGCUCCUCUCCUCCUCUCCUCCCCUCCUCCUCCUCCUCUGCUCCUCCUCUCCUCCUCUCCUCCUCCUCUCCUCCUCCGCUCCUCCUCCUCUCCUCCUCCUCUGCUGCUCCUCUGCCCCUCCUCUCCUCCUCCUCUUCACCUCCUCUGCUGCUGCUCUGCUCCUCCUCUCCUCCUCCUCCUCUGCUCCUCUCCUCCUCCUCCUCUGCUCCUCUCCUCCUCCUCUCCUCCUCCUCUCCUCCUCCUCUCCUCCUCCUAUCCUCCUCUCCUCCUCCUCCUCUCCUCCUCCGCUCCUCCUCCUCUCCUCCUCCGCUCCUCCUCCUCUCCUCCUCCUCCCCUCCUCCUCCCCUCCUCUCCUCCUCCGCUCCUCCUCCUCUCCUCCUCCGCUCCUCCUCCUCUCCUACUCCUCUCCUCCUCCUCCCCUCCUCUCCUCCUCCGCUCUUCCUCCAAUCAUCCUCCUCUCCUCCUCCCCUCCUCCGCUCCUCCUCCUCUCCUCCUCUCCUCCUCCUCUCCUCCUCUCCUCCUCCUCUCCUCAUCCUCUCCUCCUCUCCUCCUCAUCUCCUCCUCAUAUCCUGCUCCUCUCCUCCUCCUCUCCUCCUCUCUUCCUCCUCUCCUCCUCCUCUCCUCCUCUCCUCCUCCUCUCCUCCUCCUCUCCUCCUCCUCCUCUGCUCCUCCUCUCCUCCUCCUCUCCUCAUCCUCUCCUCCUCUCCUCCUCAUCUCCUCCUCAUAUCCUGCUCCUCUCCUCCUCCUCUCCUCCUCUCCUCCUCCUCUCCUCCUCCUCUCCUCCUCUCCUCCUCCUCUCCUCCUCUCCUCCUCCUCCUCCUCUGCUCCUCCUCUCCUCCUCCUCUCCUCCUCCUCUCCUCCUCCGCUCCUCCUCCUUUCCUCCUCCUCUGCUGCUCCUCUGCCCCUCCUCUCCUCCUCCUCUUCACCUCCUCUGCUGCUGCUCUGCUCCUCCUCUCCUCCUCCUCCUCCUCUGCUCCUCUCCUCCUCCUCUCCUCCUCCUCUCCUCCUCUCCUCCUCUCCUCCUCCUCUCCUCCUCCUAUCCUCCUCUCCUCCUCCUCCUCUCCUCCUCCUCCUCUGCUCCUCCUCUCCUCCUCCUCUGCUCCUCCUCCGCUCCUUCUGCGUCCCUCCUACUCUGCUAAAUCAGACAAACAAGACAACAUUAGUAUGGAGCAAAGCAUGCGCCUCACUUGAAGAUCCUUCCUCCUGCUGUCCCACCUGCACGCAGAGAGGAUGA